UUUAUGUAAAUAUUGCGCAUAAAGUGUCUAGUGGAAUAAUAAAAACUUAGGCGUCUAUUUGUGAAAGUGGGAGGCAUUUAAUACGAAUCUAUCUCAAAUUAAAAACCGCAUUUAUGUUCUACAAAGUUUGUUUCUUUCUUAAUUUUAUGCUGUGAUUUUGAUUAUUUUACUGAGUUGACAAUUAAGGAUAUUCAAGUUGAACAUUGAACGAGUGUAUACAAUUUAAAAUGAGCCAACCUCCAUAUAAUCCAAAUCAAGCACCUUAUCCACCACCACAAGGCAAUAUUGCUUUUGACCAAUAUCAGCAAGGAGCACCACCCCCACCAUAUAGUGGAGGCCCAGCACCAUAUCCUCAACAAGGUUAUGCCCCACCACCACCUCAUGGUCAAGCUCCCUAUGGAAAUCCUCCACCUGGUCCAUACGGAAAUCCUGGACCUGGUCCAUAUGGAACAUCUGCUCAGUACCCACCUGGACAACAACCACAAACUGUGUAUGUCUAUGAGGACAGACGAAAAAAACAAAGUGAUGAUGAUACUUGUCUGGCUUUGUUGGCUGGAGCAUGUGCAAUGUGCUUAUGUUGCUCAUUGCUAUCUGAUUAAAAAUCCAAGUAACUGAUCACACACAAGGAUAUGAUCUUACCAAGGAUAUUGAUAAAAUUUAAAAUUUGUGUCAUAAUUAGAAAUUUACUCUUUGUCUUACAUGAAUAUAAACAUGAAGUAUUAUCCAUGAUAGUUGGUAAUUUAUAUCAAAUAGUAUGGUUGAUGGUAUCAUAGAUUUUUCUACCUUUACUUGUAUAUUAUUUCAGCAUAAUAUGAAUAUAUGCAGUUAAUUCUACAUAUGUUACAAA